AAAUUAUACAUAAAUAGAACAAUAAAAUUGUUUAUAAAAAAAAAUUUUUCAAAACACAAAAUGAAGCUUAAAACGGUCUCCGAACUCUAAAAAACGAUGAAAAAAUGUUGUACUUUGAGAUUCAGCCCAUAAAAUCUACACCCAAUUAGGUGCUAGAGCAUAAUACAAAAAUAUUAAAAAAAAAACAAGUACUCAUUUGUUUAGUACUGUAAAAAAAUCUGAAAUUGACCGAAAAAUGUCUGAGUAAAAAAUCGUUGAUAUGUAUCUGAAAACAUUUAAAAACGGUUUUUUGACUAUAACUUGAAAUUUUGAGGGUCUAAGAAAAAUUUCAAGUGCCGAAAUAUCAUGUAGGUACUCAGUAAUACCUACAACCUCUGCUAGGUCAUUUCCAAAGUAAUUGACAUGAUUUUUAUUUUGUAACACAGUGCUAUUUAUCAUUCUCCUCACCGCCACCGCACAGUGGUGCAUUUGGUGCUUUAUCGCUUCAAAAAUCAUUUACACUUCCAUUUCUUGACGAAAAUUCAUGAAAUUUAGGACACUGAAGCAUAUAGAGCAGAGAAGUACGAAAAAUCUUCCAACUUUUUUUUUCAAAAUUGUGGUUCCAAAAUGUCGGACAGAACUGUAGCUUCAAAGUUCUCCUGGGAAAGCAGAGUAGGUAUAGUUACAAUAAAUAAAACAGACAGAAAUGUAAAGUCUUAAUUAAUCAAACGAAACCGAUAACUACAAUUCGCCAAAAAGACUAAUGUUAACGUUUAUUGAUUAUGAUAAUAAUUAGCUAAUGUAAUGUAAUGUGUGUAAGUGAAAACUGUUUAUUAGCUAAUCAAUUAAGAAUAGGUUCUCCAGUACUUGAGGUGCCUUCAAUUUGUUAUGAAGUGUUGUUAAUUUCUUCAGUAAACUUGUAAUGGCUGACGUGAAUUGUUCUCUACGUUUAUUAUUUAUCGUCCUUAUAGCCCAGACUUCGGUUCUUAGUUUAGAUAAUAAAUCCUUAUCGGAGGUGGCACUUUAUAUAAUUCGAGAACAUCUAAGCAAUUUGACAUCAACUAUUGUAUUAGCUGAACAUAGUAAAACGCCCGAAACAGCAGACACAAAUACUCUUCUAAUGAACUUUAUUCUUCAAAACCUUCAAGGAAAAACUGCUGUUGAAUUUUAUUUGAAUGGCUACUCUAGUCAACCUUUGGAGUACUAUGUGUUUAUUGUGGACUCUCAGGAGGCCUUCAAGGAUCUUUUCAAAUUAUUUGAGGACACUCCCUACGAGCGUCAUUUUCGUUUCUUGAUUAUAUUAACAAGCCAAAAAUCAGACUUUCACAAAGCCAUGGAAGAAAUUUUUUUAAUUUGCUAUAACUUUGACGUCAUCGAUGCAAAUAUCUUAUCAGCUCACCCAACAGACGGUGUACAUUUGUUCACUUACUAUUUGUUUUCGGAACAAUUCUGUCGUCGUUGUAAACCAAUACUUAUGUACAGUUUCAAUGAAGGCUUUGAAAAGCUUGAAAAUAUUUUUCCAACGAAGCUUACAAAUUUUCACGGAUGUCCAUUUAGAGUGGCGGCUCGUCGUUAUCCUCCAUUUUUCAUUUUUGUUGGAAACACAAGUCAUCCGGAACCGGUAGAAGAUUGGGAAAAUAUUUCUGGUAUUGAAGGAACUUUGUUGAAAUUUCUAGCCCAGACAUUGAACUUUACGAUUGAUUUGCAACCGUUUCGAAAUAAACGUAGCUAUGUUAAGGAAAACCAAUCUUAUGGAUUUUUACAAAGGUUGGAAAAAGGCGAAAUAGAUAUUGCUAUUGGUGGCUUUGUUGAUGCAACUAAUGAAAGAUGGCUUUUUUCUCCAACUUACUCAUAUCAUACUUCUUCGGUUUCAUUUGCGGUUCGAGGCAAACAUAUGGCUAAUUCACUGGCACGUCUUGCCCAACCAUUUUCCACUCAAGUUUGGAUUCUCUUUGCGAGUUUUCCUGUCCUCACCAUAAUCUUUCUGACUGUCUUGAAAAUGAUCAAAAGAGAAGUUCAUCAAUUUGUCUUUGGAGAACAAGAUCAAAAUCCAGUGACAAACUUUUUAGCAGUUUUCCUAGGUUAUUCAAUUCGUCGAACACCACGUCGCAAUUUCGCCCGGUACAUUUUCUUGCAUUUCCUUCUACUCAGUCUUGUCUUGCGAAAUGCCUAUCAAGGAUCUUUGUAUGACGCUUUACGUAUGGAUAAAUUUGCUCGAACUCCAUCAGGAUAUAAAAAUCUCAUUAAAUGGAAUUACACACUUUUACUGCCUCCAGCGGCCUCACUGUUUUUUUAUUUAGAUUUUCCUGCUGAACGAAUUAUUGAAGUUAAAAAUAUUCUUGGGUACAAUGCAAGGCUUAAAAUGUUGGAAGGAUUAGAAGGCAGAUUUGCAACAGUCGGUAUGGUAGAAGCCUUACUUUAUUAUGUACAAACAAAUUUGAGAAACGGUACUGAGAUCUUAGUUGUACCCGAAAAAAUUAACAAUAAUCAGCUUAUUAUGCUUUUGCCAAAACAUUCAAUUUAUUUGUCGAUUAUUAAUAGAAAGAUUAAGAGGUUAGUUGCUAUGGGAUUAAUGGCUAAAUUGGGUGGUGAGUUUUCAAGAUGGGAUCCAUUAGUGAGAAAUUAUAUGGAACAUGAACUAGACAAAAUUGCGCUGCGAAAUAAACGAUUAUACGCUUUGUAUGUUAUUUGUGGUAUUUUGCUAGGAAUUUCGAUGGUGGUAUUUUGUUUAGAAAUGCUUUCAGUUUACGACAGAAGAUUGCAAAUAAUAUUUCGUUGA